UCCCUCUCCUCCAUUGGACUGAGCCGCUGUCAGUCGGGCUCACUCACGCUGAACACCGUCCUCCUCUCCGGCUCUCUGUCUGCCGAGACCUCCGUCAUAUUGGCUGCUAGAGGCAGCUGCGACCACGGCAGGAGCAGAGACCCCCACCAUGGCGAGGAACGGGCUUUUGCGGCACUCAAAGAACAACUAAAUCCUCUGAAAUACUUUGGAUUAGUAUUGAACUGAUUAGAGUGGAAAUAUUCGGGAUGGUACCUCCAAGUAUCCGCGUACCUCUAGUGCUUUCAUCCGACACCGUGGUCCGCAGAGGGGAUAUGUGCCUGACUUCUCUUAAUAGCCAUUUUCUGCAGACAAAGAGAGCUGUUGAAUAGGCUUCCACAAGGCACCCGGGUCCCAGGGGCUCCUGUUGAUGAAGAAAGUGGGCAACAUGUGGAGCAACCUGAAGAACAAAUGCCAGACGCUGUUCCACAACAGUUCAGGACUCAGUGAAACCAGGGUUGAGGCAGAUGCUGUCCACUUUGUUGUGGAUCUUGGCCAAGGAGGCAGCUCAGGUGAUGCGCAUGCAUCAGGAGCCUCCAGCCCAUCACGGAGCCUUCUACCAGUGCCAAUGGUAACAGCAGGACGCCGCCAUCACAACUGUGUGUCAGAAAUCCCUCAGAUAGUAGAGAUAAGUAUCGACAAGGACACAGAGGAUGUGCGAGGUGGGUCGGGGGGUGUUCCCCUCGCCAGGAGAGACUCCUAUUCCCGUCAUGCUCCAUGGGGGGGCAAGAAAAAACACUCAUGUUCCACCAAAACCCAGAGCUCUCUGGAAGCAGAUAGGCGGUCUGGGCGUUUACGGGGGAGUGGGAACCGUAGGGACAGGCGUUACGGAGUCAGCUCCCUCCAGGAGAUAAGCGACUCUGUAUCUGGAGGACGCAGUCUAAAUUCACGGUCUUUGCGUCAACGGCUAAGUGAUACAGUGGGACUGUGCUUACCCCUCCCUGCUCGUAGACGCUCUCGUUCAUCAAAGAACCCUGUCAGCUCCAAACGUAAGAUUCACCUUACAGAGCUCAUGCUAGAGACAUGCCCCUUCCCACCAGGCUCAGACCUUGCUCACAAGUGGCACUUGAUCAAGCAACACACAGCACCUGUCAGCCCGCAUUCCUCCACUGCCCUGCUUGAUGCCUUUGACCCGGCCCAGACCUCUCCUGAGGAUGAAGAGGAACGUCUACGUGAGCGCCGCCGACUUAGCAUUGAGGAAGGUGUGGACCCACCACCUAAUGCGCAGAUCCACACCCUGGAGGCCUCAGUGCCGGGCUCCUCUCUCUACAAACUGGGACCAAAGAUGGCUCCUGGCAUAGGAGAGGCCUCUGGGGAUGGCCGGGCCUCAGGGACUGGCAGCUCCUUGGGUGCUGGAUCAUCAGGGGCCUGUGGGCCAGUGCUGGGGGCUUCAGCAUCAUCUCAGGACUGUGACUCUGAGGAGGAUUCAACCACCCUCUGUCUGCAGGCCAGGAGGCCCAAGCAGAGGCAUGCCUCUGGGGAUGGUCACCAGAGCCGGCAGCAACCUGGGCCCUGGAAGGUUCACACCCAGAUAGACUACAUCCACUGUCUGGUGCCUGACCUAUUGCAGAUCACAGCUCUGCCCUGUUACUGGGGUGUGAUGGACCGCUAUGAGGCUGAGGCGCUGCUGGAUGGACGGCCAGAGGGCACCUUCCUGCUGCGUGACUCAGCCCAAGAGGACUACCUCUUCUCUGUUAGCUUCCGCCGUUACAACCGCUCACUGCACGCCCGCAUCGAGCAAUGGAACCACAACUUCAGCUUUGACGCUCACGACCCUUGUGUAUUCCACUCUUCCACCGUCACAGGACUGCUGGAGCACUACAAGGACCCCAGCACCUGCAUGUUUUUUGAACCGCUGCUCACAGCACCUCUCCAUCGAACCUUCCCCUUUGGGCUGCAGCACCUGGCACGAGCUGCCAUCUGCCGCUGGACCACGUACGAUGGAGUAGGCUCUUUGCCGCUGCCCCCUGCCCUGCAGGACUUCCUCAAGGAGUAUCACUAUAAACAAAAAGUACGAGUACGCUGGCUGGAGAGGGAACCGCCACUCAAGGUCAAAUAGGGUGGGCUUCUCCAUCGCCUGUACACACACUGCAGGAGGAUCACAGAACUUGAGAAAUUCCUCAUCAGUCAAUUAGAGGCUAUACUGAUGUCUCUUCUUUUUCUGGUGAGGGAUGGAAUUUAAGUGUAACAAGCUAUACAAGAUUCAUUCUAAUCCUUGUUUUAGUUAUUACUUACAUCACAGAAAAUACAUAUGAUUAUAUUCAGUAUAAUGCUGUCUGGCAAGCACAUGUUUUUGUGUUGAACUGGUUGUUUUGACAGGGAGGGAAAGCACAAAUAUCAGUGCUUUGUGUCAUUUCUCUCCGCUUGUGCUAAAUGUCUGCCUGAUCCCACAACAUCACCCUGUAGACCUGCCUGCAUGUCUCCCAUGUUCAUCCCAAAUUACUAUUUAGGCCUACAUGGCAACGUUGUACAGUUCACUUUGUGCUUUCUCUAUUUUUUUUCCCUAUUUUAUUUCCUUAGCUUGUUUAAGCACCUAGUGGAGCACCUUCCCAGGAUGGUUUUAAGGUGUGUUUGGGUUGACAGGGCAUCUGGAGGUGCUAUUGGUAAAUUGCAGUCAGAGCUUGUCCCAUGGAUAAAGCUACAUUAGGCACAUUCUUUGCCAUCUCUUUGCACGCAUGAGGAUCAGCUAAGCCAGAGACAGGAACAGAUUCUGAGGGGGUCCACAGAGUUCAGGACAGCACAUCAGGGAAAUGAAGUGCUUUCUAAGGAUAAUAGAUAAGUCCUUGGAAACUCUAGUUCCUUCUUAAACAAUAAAUCAGUCUGUGUUCUAUUUAGUGAGAUCCACUUUUUUCCCUAUUUGUUUUUGAAACUAGAUGGGCAGAUUGAGGAAAUACUCAAACCUUGUUACAGACGUCAAUAGUGGUCCAUCAGUUCUUCCCUGGCCACAGGCUCUUCAACUCUCUGUGCACAUGUUCAUCCAGUCCCAGUUCAUUUCUUCCUGUAUGAAAGUUAGCUCCUAGUGUAACAUUUGAGCAGUCUGGUUUCUUUAUGGAAUUGCACUUAGGCUUUAUAAGGUUUAGUUUUAUACCUGUUUCCUUCAAUCUACAGUUUUUAGUGGAAUCUGGCCUUACAGGGUUGUAUCCAAUUUGGUUAUUCUUUUAUUUUCACCAUACUCUUGUAACCUUGGUGCAGCUAGCUGUGCACUACUGUGAGGAAUACUAACAGGUGUUGAAGUCAAGGGUGCGUGUGACAAGUUGUAGGUGAGGACAAUCAAUACAAAUUCAAAAUGCCAGUGUCCCUUUAAAUGUGACUGACUUAAUCUGCUCAAACUCGUUGGGAGUUUAUUCCCCCCCACCUCACAACUUAUUAGUAUGAGGUCUCAACCCCAACAAAUUCCCCUCCCUGCCUGGUUGCAUUUACAGUCAUGCAUUGAGUGCAGGCCCCACUCAACUGGAAGAGGUUAGCAUAUACUUGAGAGCUUUAGUUAUGUAAUCAGAAUGAUUUUAGUUUGUGCGGCUCGGGGGGGAAAAAACACUGCUGGUCAUUUCAGUUGUGUUUUAGCAUAAGGAGGAAACACGUGUAACCUACGUGCCUUUUUUAGAAAACCAUUUGUCCCGUUCCAUAGUCAGUUGCUUUGAAGUCCAAACAUGGAGAGAUGGAUGCUCUGGAAUCACACUGAAUAACUCACUCACUUCUGAUGUUCGUUAAAAUCUCUGCAACAGAAAAAAGAUUAGUACUGCAAUGUUGAUUAAGACAUGACAGGUUAUAAAUAUAAGUUUUACAUUAGUUACAUCUCAUUCACAGAUGCAUGCAUUAGUCGCCACAUUAUGGCUUGUGUGGUAAGUAGUAUUAGGUCGCUAGAGGGUCCAAUGCCAGCCCUACGGUAGCAAAUAUCUGUAAUAGAUAUCCAUGUUUGUCUGGUCCUCACAUGUGUAGGGUCUCAGCUACAACUUGCCCAACAAAUGUCAAUGACAGGGCGAGAAGGUCAAAUCUAUACUGUGAACAUGUUAAUCAGAAUAAUUCAGCUUCUAAUGACAGUGCCCACGUUAGCCAUCAGCAGCAGUUUUUGUUUGACAUUAGUUAUCUCAGUGUUUCCCACAGAUUUAUUUCAAUUUUUUUGGUAAAGGAGGUUCACGUUCAUGAAGGUCACUCUAACAGAUUCCAAGUAAAAGGUACGUGAAACAUAAGUUCUCGCGUGAGUGAAAGAAUUGCAUUGAUGCCUCAACUGUAGCUGAAACUAUGAGUUCUGUGUCUGCAUGAACAGUAAAAACAUUAUGGACUGCAGCGAGAACAAGCGGUCGCACAACCAUAUGGAAGUGCGACAGCCUGAGUAAGCAGGCUGCAAAUAAUGCUGCACACAAGUAAGAGAUCUCUUUUAUUAUGAGGUGGGUCAAAUUAAAUAUGGUUGGCUGCUGAAGUCUAAAUAAUUAAUGGGAAACACUGGUUUAAUUUAAUAAAUCACGUGCACAUGACUAUUGGAGAAUGAGAUGGGUGCAGAGAAGAAAACAGAUUCCCUAAAGUAAAUCAAACUAACUACAAAGUAUGUAGAUGAAACCCUGCAGGUAAUGUUUAAAACAAAAACAUUGUUUUUGAAACACACAAGCUGAUUUUCACUGGACAGGUUAAUCUCUUCAAGCAAGUUCUUUUCCCAGUCUGUGUAUGUGUGUUCAUAUGUCUAAUCAGUCCACAUAUACAGGUUAAAGGUUAUAUUCUUUCUCAUUAAUGAGGAUGAAUCAUGAACAAAUGUCAGUAUGAGCCAUCUAAGCUCUUGGAAGCAGCCGUGUGUAUUAACUGCUGAGCUUUACAAAUAAAUGAAAGCUAGUUUAAUACUACAGUUGUGUAAGACUUAAGCCCAAUUAAUGCUCCUGCGUUGAAGCUAUGUCAUAUAUACCCACGUAGUCUACACAUGUGGGCGAACAGCUCUUGCUGUACAUUUUUUGGGGAGGUGCACAUCAGGGUAAGGUGUCAGGCACUGUGUACACGUCUACGUAUAUGCUAUGCUUAGCUUUGACGCAGAAGCAUUAAUUGGAAUUCAGGCUGCUCCUCUCUGCAUUAACAUAUUUUUGCAAAUAACUGGCCAUGUUCACCUCAUCUACACCCUGAAACUCAAAAUGAAUUUUCACAUAUUUAUAAGCAAUUAGACAUAUUUUAUGCAAGUGGUAAUUUAGAUGUAGUUAAGCAGGUUCAUAUUUCCCAUCUCAAGUUUUACCUGCUUUGUGAACUGAUCAACAUUACCUCACAUAAAGCCUGGAACAUUUUCCACUGCCCUAAACUUUGUCAGAAAUGUGGUGUAGAUGUGUUAUAAACUGACAAAAUUGCCCAUCAAUUUACACAGUAACCCAUAAGGACAAAUGAGAAUGAUUUUACAAAUAUUAGCCACUUAUUUCAUUGACUUUAGGGUUUUGUUGAAGCAUCCUGACAGCAAAUACAGCUUCUGAAUUCAGUUGAUAUCAGUUUAGCACACCUGGAUCUGGGCAGUUCAUCCUGUAAUCUCAAAAUCUGUCAGAUUAGAUGAGAAACUGUGAGCGGCAGCUUCACGUCUCUCAGAUGUUCUGUGGGGUUCAAGUCUGGGCCUCAAGGACAGUCAGAAAGCUUCAGAAGCUUUUUCACUCAAAGCUGAACCGUCAUCAUUCUACCCAAAGGGAUUAUGCUCUCUUUUCCCUCCUCUUAAAAUGCUCUUUGACAAACUCAGGGCAGACUGUCAUAUGCCUUUGAAACUAUUGGAGUACUGCUGAGAUGGUCAUCCUUCCACCAGGUUCUACCAUCUCUGAGUAUUUCUGAAGCUCUGUUUGAGAGAUCUUUGAAUGAUUAAUGUCACCCUGACACCCUUGCCCAGUUUCUCAGUUUGGAGAGAAGUUGGCCAAAAGACCAACUAUAGAAAGAGUCCUGCUCAGUUCACAUUUUACAAUUACCAAUGCCGCUGCGCUUUUGUGAACACACAAAGCUUUACAAAUUGUUUUAUUUAUAUAUUUUGAUCUAUGCGUCACCACAAUUUUAUCUUUUAGUGUAAGCUAAUGCCUUUUUAAACAGUGCGGAAUCAUUUCAUUUUGUCACAGGUGAGCUCCAGUGAGGUUCUAGAGAAAUCUAAAACGGGAUGUACCUGAUAUCAGUUUGUAGUGCUACAUUUCAGUAUUUUAAUAAAAUGAUUUUAAUUCAUUUGCAAAAAUGACUAAAACACUGACUUUGGGCUGUUGAGUCUAGGUUGAUGGGUAAACAUUGUCAAUUUAAAAUACAAUCUUCAACACAACAAAGUGCAAAUAGUUAAGAGUUCUGAAUUAUCUUUGAGACCUCUGCAUCUGUUUUAAACCCCAAACAGCACACAUCACACUAUCCUCCAUCUUGCUCUCUGCCACUUUCUUAUAAUGCUGGGGCUUAGCAGUAGCAUUUACUUCUGACUGUACCCCACCCCACCUGCAGACACUAAUCACAGGCAAGUUUUUACCAAGUUUGGAUAUAAAGUGGGUGCUAUAAGCGCCACUGUGUUGCCUCACGGCUGUUGUAUGAUUAAUGUCAUGUUUUAUUGUGUCCUACUACUCUCAUCUGGCCAUAUCCCUAACAUCACUGUAUAGACGUGACUUUGUUUUAUAGAGAACUGAAGGCCUGUUUGUCCUGUCCUCUACUCUUCUCCAACCCUGCUCGGGACUAUGUUAGGCUCAAGUUAACCUUCAGGAGCAAGAGGAGACAUGGGGCUGGGUGACUGCUGUGGCAACAUGCUCACAGAGACAGCGAGGGAUCUGUUGAAGUAAAUAGCACUUUAAUUGUGAAUUUGUGUUCUGCAGUGCAGUCUGCAAGUGUUGGGACAGUUACACGUUUUUGUUAUGUUGGCUCUUCACUCCAUCAUGUUUGAUGUGAGAUGAGUUGGGCUUAGUGACUUGCAGCUUGAACUGAAAUCAUAUUGGGUGAACAUGGUAGAAAUUGUGCCAGUUUUUGUGUUUGGUCUUCAAAUGAAAACUGCCAAUGGUUACAGCUGCUUUCAGACAUGCACUGAACUCCGGAUAAUCUGGACAUUUUGCAAAGAGGCUGCAUUUAGGAACACAAAUUUGAGAGACUCCAGACUUUCUCUUGAGUUUCUCUGGCCAGCCCCUUCGGAGAAUGUCCGAAUAAGUCCAUGUGAGAACACAGCAGGAGAUUUCACCAGCGAGUUGGUGUGUUGACAUUUCUAAUACAUGACACAUGCAAAACUGAAGAAACACACUAAAAAGAAUACAAAUAUCUCGGUAUGAAGUGCCAUACAUGUAGAAGAUGCUUUUGGCUGCCUGCUGCACACCUGUCCUCUGAAUUUGUGCCCAUUUGGCCGGGAUACUGAACCCCAAAUUGGCCUGUGCCCUUCUCAUAGAAAAAGUGCUGCCCAUGGAUGCACUGUAUGAAUGUGAAUGGUUGAAUGGCAAAAAACAAAAACCUGUACUCUAAAGCGCUUUGAAAGAUCAUCAAGACUAGAAAAGUGCAUCUAAAUACAGAUCAUUCAUGUCUGAAAUGGCUAUACAAGAGCAGACACUUUGUGGUGAUGUUCAGUGAGACAUGUAACUGCAGCCAUUUUCAUUUUGGCUUGUUGUCGGAGCUUGUUGACUUCACUCAGAUUGUCAACAAGUGAAAAGUCCUCUAUGGCACUGAGGUUAAGACUUGGCCAGUCAAGGACAUAAAGUUUCCUUGGCUGCCUUGUUCAUAUGAUAAUAAUCCUUGUUAGACUGCUUUAUCUUGAAAUUGCAGAGAACCAUGUGUUCCCACGCUGCUCACCCAAUAUGGAUUUGAACAGUCUGAAAUGUGAGGGGAAGAAACUGGGAGUUAGCACUUUAACCUCAUAGUCAUUGUUUCAUGACCAGUACGCUGCAGUUCAAAUCGUCUCACUGUCCAAAUACUUGUAGCCGGCACUGGGUGUGUUUUAGCUCAAGAUGGCGAGACUUGUGUGAGUGUGAGGAAAAAAGCCGGCAGUCCUAAAAUAACGCUGCAGACAAUGCGUGUGUGUGUUACGUGGUAGUAUAUAAGUGAAUGGACAGAGCCACAGAGGGUUCUGGUGGAGGGGAAUGCAGAGUCGGAUGUGAGGGGUGACGACAGUGACUCCAAUGAACGCCUCUCUGACCCGUCCCCUUCACCCCCACCCUCACCCCUCUUAUUCUCAGGCAGGCGCGUCGCAAAGGAGAGUCCCAGGACCCUCUCAACCCAGUUUUCCCCAUGGGAAAUAAUCUGACAUUAAGCGUAGCACAUGUUUGCCAUAUAACCCAUAGAUUUUAGUAGAAGAAGAAAAAAAAACAUUGUAUGUAUGAUGAAUGAUAGAAAUGUGUAAUAAGAGCCUGAAAAAAAAGACAUUUUAUUCUUCUGUGGUGCAUCAGCUGUCUGUCACACACCAUAACACUUCUUCUAACACCUGCACUAAACACACACACACCCCCCCACUACCCCACCCUAAGCUAGGGAUGUGUAUGGACCACAUUUAGCAGCACCACCUUUCUUAGUGACCCCCCCCCCCCUCAAAAAAGGGACAACAAAGAUGGGUGUUUCUGUGUAUAUUCUAUGUUGUUAUAAAAAAAAAAUGCCAUGAAUUGAACUAUUUUGACCUUACAUUGUCAUUAGCAUGACACUAUUUAGCUGCACUAAGAGAUCCUCGUUUGUUGCAAGAAACCACUGGGUCUGCUCCGGAUGAGGGACAGGCUGGUUUAUGUCACGAUCAACAGCAACACCCCUGGAUGUAGGACCACCCCACCCACCUCGGUACGACUCACGGUUUCAGACCUUUGAGGACAAAAAGAUGUUUUAAAGAUUUCUUUUCAUCUUCCCAUAUAUAUUUUAGAAAGCUGAGUUAAGUGCUAUAUGCAAACAGAAAAGAUGUAUGAAAGAAUUAUUUUUCAUUAUUACUUCUCCCUAAUAUGCAAUGGAGUGUAGUGUAACAAUGGUUGCAAUCCUCUGUCACUUUAAUGCUGUACGUGCACAUUGGUUGCUGUGUGGAUGUGGGUGCUGAGGCAACAGGACUUGACAAUGAUGGGAACUAAUGGUUGUCACUCUGCAGCGCCGCCGUGUUCCCAGACUGCCUUAUUCGCUCUGACCAUUCACAAGAGCCCUUUUUGAAAACCAGGGGGUGCAGCCACUGCCACGGGCUGACCAAGCCGUAGUCAGACGAAUAUCGCUGUUCCAUUUUCUUCUGCUUUUCCCUUGCUUUCUUCUUUUUUUUAUCUUUUCUUUCUUUUUCUCUUCUUCUGCUGUCAGUUAGGAUUUGGAGCGUGUAAAUGGCAUAAUCAUGUUCACAUCUCACUGUCUGUUCUGUGUAUCUGCUUCACCAUUCAAUGAAAAAAAAAAACAGUUGUUUUCCAGUAUAACCUGUUCAUUUUUAAGAGCCGUAUGGUGCGACACUUGUAGCUGUCACUCUUGGUGCUUGGCUUAUGCUUCAUUGUCUUAAUAUUCCAAAUAAAACUGUUAAGUGUAAUCCACACUGGCCCAUGA